AUGAGACUUCUCUGUCUGCUGCACCUGGUCUGCUUGGCUGGUGGCAGCGGCUCCAGAACCAGAGACUGGGCUCACCACGGCGCCCCCAUGUUUGCCGACCUGACGGUGCGUGAGAUGAAGGCCGUGCGGGCCUACCUGCACGCCGUCCCCGAGCUGCAGCUCACCGAUGCUCGCAGCAAGACUCUGACGAAGAACAGCAUCCUCCUAAUGGAGCUCCAUCUGCCGAGGAAGCACGAGGCCCUGAGAGUUCUGGACCGCGGACAGGCCAGACCCCCACGUCAGGCCCGCGUGAUCGUCCUGAUGGGGAACCAGACCGGUCCCAACAUCACCGAGUACAUCGUCAGUCCUCUGCCGUCCCCGAACUCCCACCAAGUCAAGACGUUCAAAGGGGGGCGGCCCGUCCGCUUUGAGUCGAGGCCGAUGACCUCCUCAGAGUACGAGCAUGUCACCGACAUCCUCAAGAAGAUCACGACCACCGCCCACCAGUUGCUGCUCGAGACCACGGGAGGGUUUUCCUUCUCCAACUGCUCCGACCGCUGCCUGACGUUCUCAGACAUCGCCCCCCGGGGGCUGGGGCCGGGCGAGAGGAGGACCUGGGUCAUGUUGCAGAAGUUUGUGGAGGGAUAUUUCAUCCACCCAGUGGGAUUCGAGGUGUUGAUCAACCACCGGGACCUGGACCCAGACAAGUGGACGGUGGAGAAGGUCUGGUACAACAGCCGGUACUUUGACAGUGUGGAGGAGCUGGUGGAGCAGUAUGAAUCCGGGGGCGUGGAGAAGCUCCAGCUGCCCGAUCACGAUGUCAAUGACCUCUACUCCACUUACAUCCCGCGGGGUCAAAGCAGUACGCCCACUGACAUCCACGGGCCGAAGCUGGUUGAGCCUCAGGGGCAUCGCUACUUCAUCGACCACAACUUUGUGGAAUAUGCCGGAUGGUCCUUCGCCUACCGAGUGCGCUCCUCGGCUGGGCUUCAGGUGUUUGACUUGCGCUUCAAAGGAGAGAGGAUCGCCUAUGAGAUCAGCCUCCAAGAAGCUAUUGCCUUCUAUGCCGGCGACACCCCCGCCGCCAUGCAGACCAAGUACAUCGACGCCGGCUGGGCGAUGGGAAGCUCCACCUACGAGCUGGCGUCUGGAAUCGACUGUCCGGAAAUCUCCACCUUCGUCGACCUCCACCACUACUCGGACACGGACAAGCCGGUGCUCCACAGGAACGCGCUGUGCAUCUUCGAGAUGACCACGGCGACGCCUUUGAGGAGGCAUUUCAACUCCAACUUCAAAGGAGGAUACAACUUCUACGGCGGGCUGGACAACACGGUGCUGGUGCUGCGGACCACCGCCACGGUGUACAACUACGACUACAUCUGGGACUUCCUGUUCUACCAGAACGGGGUGGUGGAGGUGAAGGUCAGCGCCACCGGCUACAUCCACGCCACGUUCUUCACUCCCAACGGACUUCACUACGGGACCAGGGUGCACCACCAUGUGCUGGGCAACCUGCACACACACCUCAUCCACUACAAAGUGGACCUGGAUGUUGCCGGUCGGGGGAACAGCUUCGAGACGUUGGAUCUGAAGUACGUCAACUUCACGAACCCCUGGAGCCCGGAUCAUUUCAUCAUGCAGUCCAAACUCGAGCGGACGGAGCGCAAGACGGAGCGAGCCGCCGCGUUCUCCUUCGGCAAGAAGUUCCCCCGCUACCUCCACUUCUACAACCCCAACAAGGCCAACAAGUGGGGGAGCCAGAGGGGGUACCGCAUCCAGUUCAACUCCCACGGCCACAGCGUCCUGCCGAGAGGCUGCCGGGAGGAGAAAGGCAUCAGCUGGUCCAGGUAUCCUCUGGCUGUGACCCGGCAUAAAGACAGUGAAGCCACCAGCAGCAGCAUCUUCACCCAGGGGGACCCCUGGGACCCCGCCGUGUCCUUUGAGGACUACAUCCGUAACAAUGAAGACAUCGUCAACCAGGACCUGGUUGCCUGGGUGACGGUGGGCUUCCUGCAUGUGCCUCACUCAGAAGACAUCCCCAACACGGCCACGCCCGGCAACGCCGUGGGCUUCUUCCUCCGGCCGUUCAACUUCUUCGACGAAGACCCUUCGGUGGCGUCGAGAAGCACCGUCAUCGUCCGGCCGGGACCGGGCGGCCGGCCCCAGAUCCAGAGGUGGACCCCGGAGGUCGUAGGUCACUGUGUGACGGACAAGCCCUUCUCGUACAACGGCAGCUACGCAGGAGUCUAGAGCUGCUGGGUUACC